CAAUCCGCGAGCCCGCCGAAACGGCCAUUUGACAGCUUCAGUAUCCGCGCGCAACCGGUGUGUGCAAACGUCCACAUGAUUCCCGCGCCGCGCCGCCGCGUCCGUGCGAACGAGCCAGGUCGAAUCGACAGGAGACGCGUGAGAAUAAUAAGCUUUUUAUUCAAUAUGAGAGUGGGCGUGGCCUGCGAGCGGCGCGCUGUGGCGUGCCUGCUGCUUACCAUCAUGGCUGUGGUCGCCGCCGCCUCCUACGACCGCGAGAGGCUUGAGAUUGCCAAGCAGAUUCUGGAGGAAGUACCACUAACUGACGGUCACAACGACCUCCCUUGGAAUAUAAGGAAGUUCCUCCGCAAUCAGAUCAACGAGUUCGAGCUGGACACGGACCUGACGCUUGUGCAGCCCUGGUCUAUCUCCAAGUACUCUCACACUGAUAUCCCGAGGCUUAGGAAAGGCAUGGUCGGCGCACAGUUUUGGUCAGCGUUCGUGCCCUGCGCCACCCAGAAUAAGGAUGCUGUCCAACUGACCUUGGAACAAAUCGAUGUCAUACGCCGGCUAGUGGACAAGUACCCUCAGUAUCUGCAGCUGGCGACGUCUGUCACUGAUAUCCUGCAAGCGCACAGCGCUCGGCCACGCAAGAUCGCUUCCCUCAUCGGAAUCGAAGGAGGACAUUCCAUCGCCAACUCCUUGGGGAUACUCCGGAGCUACUACCAGCUCGGAGUGCGAUACAUGACCUUAACCCACACUUGCAACACCCCUUGGGCUGACUCCUCCAACGAAGCGCCGGUCGCGAACGGACUCACCGAAUUCGGAGAGAAAGUGGUGCGCGAGAUGAACCGCCUGGGCAUGCUGGUAGACCUGUCCCACGUGGGGGAGAACACCACCAGGGCAGCCAUCAGGAUCUCCAAGGCGCCCGUGAUCUUCAGUCAUUCUUCGGUCUACAGUCUCUGCGCCCAUAAACGUAAUGUGCCUGACGAUAUCAUCCAAUCUUUAAAAGAAAAUGGCGGCAUCAUUAUGGUGAACUUUUUCCCGGACUUCGUCAAGUGUGCUCCGAACGCAACCCUGUCGGAUGUCGCUGAACAUUUCCACUACAUAAAGAGGUUGAUCGGAGCGGACCACAUCGGCAUUGGCGGCGAUUUCGACGGGGUUAAUAGGGUACCGCGUGGUUUGGAAGACGUGUCGAAGUACCCCGAGCUGUUUGCCGAGCUCCUCCGGAGCGGACAGUGGAGCGUGCAGGAGCUGAAGAAUCUAGCUGGUCUGAACAUGCUGAGGGUCAUGAGGCAGGUCGAGAAGGUCCGCGACGAGAUGCGCACCAAUGGAGUGGAACCCGAGGAACACCCCGACUCCCCGACCGACAACGGCAACUGUACCAGCAACGCGUUCUACACUGAAUACGUGUAAAUGCUACAUACAUUUGGUAAGCCGAGAUGUGCAGCUUUCAGCGCGCAGAUUAAUUGUAUUAAAUUUGAUGUGUUUUAAAUAAUAACCCGUUACCCCAUGCUUACUUCCCAAAUUGAGACGACUCAGCCCGUGGAAAUUCACUAUACAACGUCUGAAAUGACAAGUCAAUAUCGGACUUAGACCUAUAAUAACCUAUCUGUCCUUGUCAUUCGCGGUUCUUUAUGUUUUUGAACAAAUUAAUUGUAAAAAUAACAGGGGCAUUACUUAUCACGUAAUUUCAUACAGUGGAAUUAUAUCUAUUGCAGAGAUUCGGCUUCUUUCAAGAGCUCUCCCAUACUUAGGUGGUUCUAACUAGUAUUAGCAUACUCAUAUACCUCAGUCAAAAUCACCUUUAAAUUUGCCAGGUUUAAUAAUAUGGUAUAAUAAUUGUUACAAGUUAAGCAAGCAUACAUGAAAAUCUUGCAGUAUCGCCACGUCUCGUUAUAGUCCCAUAUUAGACAUGAUGAAGAGGAAAAUGACAAGGGAAGGUCAGUGUUCGAUUUUCACAUCUAAUUUAACUUUGACUAUAUACUGUCAACUCACGUACACUACGGUUUAAUACAUGACUUUUGUAUGUGGAUUUCUUAUGACUGGGGACGUCUAUAAUAUAAAUAUAAAACUUAUGCAAAUCAAAGUACAUAUUGUACCAACCUUGAUAAUAUAUAGAUAAUAAUAGAGAAAUUUUUUCACUGCACAAUUUUUGACAAAUAUUCAGUAUGUUCAUUACAAAAUAAAACAAUUUUCGAAUAAGAUUUACAUUAAAAAUAAACAUAAAGUUUGGAAUUUUCCUAGAAAUCCGAGCAGCCAAUUUAUA